GGGGGGGAGGGAGGUAGGAGGAGAAAGAAGACGUCGCCGCCACCGGAGGCGGAGGGGGAGGACGACCGGCCGAGAGCGUCGCCGCCGGUGCCCAACGGUCGGUGUCCCCCGGCUGAGGCAGCGCGGCCGCAGCAGCCCUGUUUGAUCUGUGGAUGAAAUGAAUCAUGAUUUUCAAGCUCUUGCAUUAGAAUCUCGGGGAAUGGGAGAGAUGCAGAAAGAGAGUCCAGUCACUCCUUUGGGCCACAAGAGGGCACCCUGCAGCUAGCUAACCCUCCCUUUCUUCAGAACAGCGUUUUCCAAAGAGUUUGUCUGUCAUUUUCAGAGGACUGAUUUAAGGCUUUUGCCUACCAAAAAGUUUUGGGAACCUGAUGAUUCAACAAAAGAUGGACAAAAAGGCAUAUUUCUUGCGGAUGAUGAAUGGAGAGAGACUGCGUGGGGAACUUCUCAUCAUUCAAUGUCCCAGCCUAUUAUGGUACAGAGAAGAUCUGGACAGAGUUUUCAUGGAAACAGUGAAGUAAAUGCAAUUCUUUCUCCGCGCUCAGAAAGUGGAGGCCUUGGUGUGAGCAUGGUAGAAUAUGUCUUAAGUUCCUCUCCUGCUGAUAAAUUGGAUUCUCGAUUUAGGAAGGGAACUUUUGGUACUAGAGAUGCUGAAACAGAUGGACCUGAGAAAGGAGAUCAAAAAGGAAAGGCUUCUCCAUUUGAGGAGGACCAAAACAGAGAUCUUAAGCAAGAUGAUGAGGACUCUAAAAUAAAUGGCAGAGGUUUGCCAAAUGGAAUGGAUGCCGAUUGCAAAGAUUUUAAUCGUACUCCUGGAAGUCGUCAAGCCUCUCCAACUGAAGUAGUUGAGCGCCUUGGCCCCAGUACUAAUCCCCCAGAAGGAUUGGGUCCUCUUCCUAAUCCUACAGCUAACAAACCACUUGUUGAAGAAUUUUCAAAUCCUGAAACUCAGAAUCUGGAUGCCAUGGACCAAGUUGGUCUGGAUUCCUUACAGUUUGACUAUCCUGGUAAUCAGGUACCCAUGGACUCUUCGGGAGCUACUGUAGGCCUUUUUGACUACAAUUCCCAGCAGCAGCUCUUUCAGAGGACUAAUGCACUAACAGUUCAGCAGUUAACUGCAGCUCAACAACAGCAAUAUGCAUUAGCAGCAGCUCAGCAACCACAUAUAGCUGGUGUAUUCUCAGCAGGCCUUGCUCCAGCUGCAUUUGUGCCAAAUCCAUAUAUUAUUAGUGCUGCUCCUCCAGGGACCGACCCGUAUACUGCAGCAGGAUUGGCUGCAGCAGCAACAUUAGCAGGUCCAGCAGUGGUUCCACCUCAGUAUUACGGUGUUCCGUGGGGGGUGUAUCCAGCUAAUUUAUUUCAGCAGCAAGCUGCAGCUGCGGCAAACAACACAGCCAAUCAGCAAGCAGCAUCACAAGCUCAGCCUGGACAGCAGCAGGUUCUUCGUGCUGGAGCAGGUCAACGUCCUAUUACUCCCAGUCAGGGCCAACAAGGGCAGCAAGCAGAAUCACUUGCAGCAGCUGCAAACCCAACUUUGGCUUUUGGUCAGGGUCUUGCUGCAGGCAUGCCAGGCUACCAAGUACUAGCUCCAACUGCCUAUUAUGAUCAGACUGGUGCCUUAGUGGUUGGCCCUGGAGCAAGAACUGGCCUUGGAGCUCCAGUACGGUUAAUGGCUCCAACACCUGUCUUAAUUAGUUCAGCAGCAGCACAAGCUGCAGCAGCAGCAGCAGCAGCUGGAGGAACUACAAAUAGUCUCACGGGCAGCACAAAUGGUCUGUUUCGGCCAAUUGGCACUCAGCCACCACAGCAGCCUCAGCAGCAGCAGCCAAGCUCUAACCUGCAGUCUAAUUCAUUUUAUGGGAGCAGCUCUUUGACUAACAGCUCCCAGAGCAGCUCUUUGUUUUCUCAUGGACCUGGCCAACCUGGAAGCGCAUCUCUUGGCUUUGGAAGUGGUAGCUCUUUGGGAGCUGCUAUAGGCUCAGCCCUCAGUGGAUUUGGCUCAUCAGUUGGCAGUUCUGCAAGUAGUAGUGCCACAAGGAGAGAGUCUCUAUCUACUAGCUCUGACUUGUACAAAAGAUCUAGUAGCAGCCUAGCACCCAUAGGGCAACCAUUUUACAAUAGUCUGGGAUUUUCCUCCUCUCCAAGUCCAAUAGGCAUGCCUCUGCCAAGCCAAACUCCAGGACAUUCACUUACGCCACCGCCAUCACUUUCAUCACAUGGAUCCUCAUCCAGUUUGCAUUUAGGAGGACUGACAAAUGGUAGUGGUCGGUAUAUCUCUGCAGCACCUGGAGCAGAAGCAAAAUACCGAAGUGCUUCAAGCACUUCCAGUCUAUUUAGCUCCAGCAGCCAGCUCUUUCCUCCUUCUCGGCUCCGCUAUAAUAGAUCUGAUAUCAUGCCCUCCGGCCGCAGUAGGUUAUUGGAAGAUUUCAGGAACAACCGCUUCCCCAACCUUCAGCUCAGAGACCUGAUUGGACAUAUAGUCGAGUUUUCUCAAGACCAGCAUGGCUCCAGAUUCAUACAGCAAAAGCUAGAGAGAGCUACUCCAGCUGAGCGACAGAUGGUAUUUAAUGAGAUUCUACAGGCAGCCUAUCAGUUAAUGACAGAUGUUUUUGGAAACUAUGUUAUACAGAAGUUUUUUGAGUUCGGAAGUUUGGAUCAGAAAUUAGCCCUGGCUACUCGUAUUCGUGGUCAUGUUCUACCAUUAGCCUUGCAGAUGUAUGGCUGCCGUGUUAUACAGAAAGCAUUAGAGUCUAUUUCUUCUGAUCAGCAGGUAAUUAGUGAAAUGGUAAAGGAGCUAGAUGGUCAUGUGCUCAAAUGUGUGAAAGAUCAGAACGGAAACCAUGUUGUACAAAAAUGUAUUGAAUGUGUUCAGCCGCAGUCACUGCAGUUCAUCAUUGAUGCAUUCAAAGGACAAGUGUUUGUGCUUUCAACCCAUCCUUAUGGCUGCAGAGUCAUUCAGCGUAUCCUAGAGCACUGCACUGCAGAGCAGACCUUACCCAUCUUAGAAGAGCUUCACCAACACACAGAACAGUUGGUACAGGAUCAGUAUGGCAAUUACGUUAUUCAGCAUGUACUGGAACAUGGUCGACCUGAAGACAAGAGCAAAAUUGUUUCUGAAAUCAGAGGAAAGGUGUUAUCCCUGAGUCAACACAAAUUUGCCAGCAAUGUAGUAGAAAAGUGUGUUACUCAUGCCUCCCGUGCUGAGAGAGCUUUACUGAUUGACGAGGUUUGCUGUCAGAAUGAUGGUCCUCACAGUGCCUUAUACACCAUGAUGAAGGAUCAAUAUGCCAAUUACGUGGUUCAGAAGAUGAUUGAUAUGGCUGAGCCUGCUCAGAGGAAGAUAAUCAUGCACAAGAUUCGACCUCAUAUUACUACUCUUCGCAAAUACACAUAUGGGAAGCAUAUACUGGCCAAGUUGGAAAAAUACUAUUUGAAAAACAGCCCAGAUCUAGGGCCUAUCGGAGGACCGCCAAAUGGAAUGCUUUAAGAGAAAGGAGAUGAUUCAACCAUGUUUAAAGAAUGGGUUUUCUUUGUGAAUUAUCAAAACACAAUUCAACUAUGAAUCUUUGAUUUUUUUUAAGCAAAACUAUUUAUUGACUUUCUUCAUCCAUUUGUAGAUUUUUAAGGUUCUUGUGUGUAUUUAGGGGGUGGGGUGAUAAAUUAUGAAUUAUAUUCAAGCCUGAGUGGAGACCUAUCAGAUUGGAUUUCUGGUGAAGCACAGAAUGCCUGUAUAUGAUGUAACUGUAUCCUCCUCCCCACCCCCACCCCCCCAAAAAAAAAGAA